ACAUUGAAUAGUGUGUGGUUGGAGUUGUUGCGUGUGGUUUUUGCUCCUAUCGUGAAGAGACGUACGCCAUAGUAAUUAGCAAAAAAGAAGAAGAAGAACGUUUGAAUUGAUUCAGACCACCUGACUCAUAAGCGUGCUUAUCUGCGGACAGUUCGCACCGAAACCUAAAGACAGAGUGCAGCAUUUGAAAAAAGCCCGGUUCAGCUCGCCAAUCAACCGAUAAAUUCGAUUAAAAGUGACCGGACCUAAAAAUAUCCUAAAGAUGAUAGCGGGAAUCAAACUCGAGACGCUCCUUAUCGUUAUUCGCAGCACUUGCACUCAGUCCGCAAGACUACUUGUUUGUUACUAAAAUAAUGACCGAUGGAAAUUUAUUUUACGUGCUCGAAUUUGAAAAUGAACUUCAAGUAAUUCCAUCCAAUUGGUUGGAUGAACGUAAAUUGAAAGUCAAAUGGCCAAAUUUUAAAAGUGAUUCAGAUUAUUAUAAAGCGGUCAUGUUUAUGAUGGAUCCGAAAUCUGAUUGGACGCAACAUCAUGUUAAAGAAAUAUAUGCAUCGUACUCUGACUAUUCAGUAGCAAGAAAAAAAUUGGAAGAAGUCAAACAAUUUCUGUUAGAUUUGAACUCUAACACAGAAAAAGAAGAGAAUCUAAAAAAGUCAAGGAAAAUUAGAGACGCUAAAAUCAUAGAUACGUCAGCGAGUAGCAACGAAGAACUAUCUGACGACAAUUUAACUUCAGAGCUUCCUAAAAUUCCGAUUUCUAUAGAAAAAUCUACAAAAAGUACAAAAAAAGAGAUUCAUUAUGAAAACAAUGAUGACAAUAACUUACCCUCAAGUUCAAACUGGGUUAAAGAAGAAGAAAGUGAUAAUUCCCAAAGUUUUGCUAUAAGAAAGCUAAAAAAUUUCGAAGUGAAAUUAAAUCAAAUUGAAAAUAAUAUGAACACAUCUCUCGAGGCUAUCCUUCAAAAGCUUUCAAUUUCUAAUAUUGAGGAGGAUAAUAAACAAAAUAUUGAUGUUUUUGAUAAUUUGCCGCUGAAAAAUGAAAAUGAGUUACAAUUAAUGGAAUUAAAAUUGAAAAAUGAUAUAUGUUAUCGAAAGUGUAUGAUUGAGCAAUUGAAAGCAUGUGGAACGGAUGAUUUAAGAAAAUCUUGCAGAGAAUUGAUGAAAACCAUACUAUCAAACGAAGUGGCAGUACGCUACAGUUGGAAUGGAACGGAAGAGAAAAAAGCGUUUUCACAACUAGAGAUAUGCAAAGUAAUUAUGAGUAUAAUCCGAAAGUUACAUACAAACGUAACAAACGAAGAAAUCGCAUCUCCAAUUAAAACAUGGUUAAAUAAUGCAAAAGAACGGAUGAAGAAAAAAAAACCACAAGUAACUCAACAACAAGAAGAAGAAGAUAGUCAUUAAUAUAUUACAUUUUUAUUU